GAUAGAAACUCGUCUCAUUGAUUGAAACCCGACUCUGAUAUUAUAUCGGAAAUUUUGUUCUUUUGUGCCAUCGUCUAUGUCUAUGGUAUUUAAACACAUAAAAGACCUUGUUAUAUGUGAGAUGUUGAACUUUUCUUAUAAAUCAUAUGACGUGAUGAAAACCAGACCUAGCAGAGACAGUUGCUUAAGAACACUUUCAGUUUUUGAUUUCUUUGUAAAUAAGUAAAUCAGUCUAUCAUUCUUUGUAUCACAAUCUGCAACUGUGGCCAAUCCCACCAUCUCUCCCCACCUACAAUCACCACCCACCACCAGAACAUGGCCGCCUCAACCACCAGCUGCCGCCAUCACCCACCACAACCCCACACCCAUUCACCCUAUUUUCCCACCUGAUCACCAAAUCAGCAUGCUUGGUCUCCACAACAUCCUCCUCUUAGCUUCUUCUCAACAACAGGCCCAAAACCCACACACCAUUUCCUCAGAUCACCACCACCCCCACAAUAACAACCACCCAACAAAUUUAAGGAAUCAAGAUUGCAACUUUAAUGGUUCAACUGAUCCUUGGAGUCUAAAUAAGUGUCAGGAAUUGAGUAUUGUGGGAGAUGAGAUUAGUGGGACUUUUGGGACUUGUACAGACUGUGGGAAUAAGGCCAAGAAGGAGUGUAAGUAUAGAAGGUGUAGGACUUGUUGCAAGAGCCGAGGGUAUGAUUGUUCCACUCAUGUGAAGAGCACUUGGGUACCGGCCUCUAGGCGGCGGGAGAGGCACCAGCUCGGUGGUGGUGGUGGUGGAGGAUCUUCUGGGUCUUCUUCAGGUGGUGUUAAAAGGCCAAGAAUUGUGUCCUCAGGUGCUACUACUUCUAAUAGCUUAUCGUCUAAUGCUGCUGCUGCACCUGCUUCUUUGUGCUUUGACACUGGAUCUAGUCAUCAAGAUCCAAGCUUUAAACAGUCCCUUCCUGGGAAAGUUAAAGCCCCAGCUGUCUUCAGGUGCAUUAGAGUGACUGCCAUUAGUGGUGAGGAAGCUGAGGUUCUCUACCAGGCUACAGUGAAUAUUUGUGGCCAUGUUUUCAAAGGGUUUCUCUAUAAUCAAGGGAUUGAUGAGAAAAAGGUUUAUCCAUGUAUCUCAAAUGUGCAUAUGGAGAGUAGUACUAAUGGAAGGGAAUUUUCUGUACCAAUUGUCAAGCCAUCCAAUGCUUAUCCGGCUUCUGGCAACCAGAGAUUGUUUGAAGCUGCAGGUAACGAAUGAGUGUCCAUCCAACCUGGAAGGUUUCAGUGUGCUUGGCAAGCCGAUUGUUGUAUAGAAUAGCUCUUAGAAGGAUUUCUGGCGGCCUGGAAGGUUUCUCUCUCUAUUUUGAUGAGUGCAGCCCUUCAAAGAUGCAAAACUAUAUGGUUAUUACCACACAUAAGAGAUCAAAUUCCUGUAUCACUGACUUAAACCCGAUUUGGUGCUCUGUAUUCUCUGUAUAACAGUCCAUUAUUAAUUGGGAAACAAGUUGUAGUAUGUUUCCUGUCCAGGAACAA